AUCCCCACGUGUGUUCACGUGCAUGUUCAUGUGAUCACAGAGAUUUACCCUGGCCACACGUGCCAGGAGAGGCGGCGAUCUCCCAGGUUUUGACGAAUCAGCCGGCCCAAAGGCAUGCAACCUUUGGUAGACAAUCCGCUAAGCCCACAUAAAAGGGUAAGCCCCACCAACAACGGACGUAAGCCCCAACGGACGGCCCACGCAGUAAUCUUCUGGUCAAUGGCAGCCCAGACAUUAAUCACUCAAUCACUAGCGCCAUGCAUGCACCCUUCACCCGCGCAGGACGGUAAGGAGCACCGCAACCAGAUUGAGUCCAGAGAGCCAUCUUUGAGGAACAGGCAGAGCACAGCGAGUGUCUCUCUUGGGAGCAGUCUGUCGCACUGCCAAUGUCUCUCUACUGCCAGUGUCCACACCCUCUACCUCUCUACACCCUCUACCCCCUCCACCCCCUCCACUGCCAACGUUCCUAAAUGCCCCCAGCCGCAACGUCUCAAGCCUCGCUAGUCGCCGUUGCACUACCCAUCGCAUGUGGGCUCGUAAAAUUUUCCUGCUAUAUAUACCAGCCACUGGCAAUUGGUGCGCACUAUCUGUCCAUACAUGAAUCCAGCCUGAGG